UCCCCUCGAUCCCCUUCUACGCGGCCACCUCCCAUCGACCUCCUUCAAGUCCAACACCGCCACCACCUCCCCUCGAUCUCUGUCCAGCCGCCGACGACUCCCCUCGGUCCUCUCCUCCUGGUCUAGCCGCUGGGAAGGAAGACGCCACAUCAGUCACCGGAACGCCAGCCGCUGCCUCCGCGCCGCCGACGAAGAUGGAUGGUUAAAGCUAGCGACGAGGAGCACCAAGGCCUGUCUCCGGAUUUCCAAUUGAUCUAUCCCUCCUCCAUCAACAUCGUGCCGUGGAUCUGGAGAUAUGGACCGCGUGGAUAGCUCAACCACGUCGCGUGGAAGAGGCAGGAACAAAAGGAAUUGGACUUCCGAUGAGGACAAUGAGCUAAUUAAAGCUUUGUAUGAGCUGUCUUUGGAUCCGAGGUGGAAAGCCGAUGGUGCAUUCAAAGGUGGGUACUUGGCAAUAUUGGAAAAACAUCUUGUUGAGAAGUGCCCAUGCCAUGGUAUCACCGGAGUUCCACACAUUACAUCAAGAGUGAGGCACUUCAGGAAGAAAUUUGGUGCUCUUGAAGUAGUGAUAUCCAAAAGUGGUUUUACAUGGGAUGGAAAUAGGAAGAUGAUUCAAUGCGAGAAGGCACAAUAUGAAGAACAUUGUAAGAAUCACAAGGAGGCUAAGGGAUUGUAUGGUGUAUCAUUUCCAUACUUUGAGCAAUUGGCUGCUAUCUAUGGCAAGGACAUCGCAACAGGGGAAAAUGCUGAAGGCUUUGGGGAGGCAGUCGGAAACUUGGAGAAGGAAAUUGCUAUGGAGGAAGAAGAAAAUGAGGAAGAGGAUAUGAUCUCAAUACGGUCAACUAGACGGUCCAUUGACACUUGCUCUGUUGAUACAACUAGUUCUAAGAGGCAAAAGAAGGAGCCAAGGCCAAAGAGGGCGACGGGACCAAGCGAUCCUUUUGAAGCCAUGCUUCAAGAUGUCAACAACCAGCUAAAUAGUGUGACACAACAUGUUGGUACAAUGGCACGAGAAACAACCCAAGAGGACCCUCAACAGAAAUCAAGAGAAAAGGCAAUUAGUGAAUUAUCUAGGCUUGCAUUCACUGGGAGCGAGAUUGUUGACGCUGCAACUAUAUUUGCUAAAGCUCCAGAACACAUGAACAUGAUGCUUGUGCUUCCAGAAAUCCUUAGGAGGGACUUCAUCCUCAAAAUGCUCUCGGGUAUCCCUUUUUCUAAACUCUCCAGUUUACACCAUCAACUUCGAUAA